AUGACCCCCAUCAUAACCGUUCUUAUAUCCGGGUCGGGCUCUAACCUACAGGCCUUGAUAGAUAAAGAAGCGAAAAAUGAACUCAAUGGGAAAAUUACUCAAGUCAUCUCUUCUAGUGCUACUGCAUUUGGACUCACUAGAGCAGAAAAGGCAGGAAUUAAAUCUAAAACACAUAUUUUAAAAGAUUAUUACAAGGGAACCACCAAGGAAGAAAAGAAAGAACGUCAAAUUAGAAGAGAACAAUUCAAUAAAGAUUUAGCAAAUCUUAUUAUUAAUGGAGAUGAUAAAGAUACAAAUUAUAUUAAACCCGACCUCAUUGUGUGUGCAGGAUGGAUGCUUAUUUUAUCUCCGGCAGUCCUUACACCAUUGGAACAAGCAGGGAUAACCAUCAUUAAUUUACAUCCAGCACUUCCAGGAGCAUUCGAUGGGACUCAUGCCAUUGAUAGAGCAUGGAAGGCGGGACAAGACGGCGAAAUCACCAAGGGAGGGGUUAUGAUCCACAAGGUUAUUGCCGAGGUUGAUAGAGGUGCACCAAUUCUUGUAGAAGAAAUUGACUUGAAGAAGGAAGAAACUUUGGAAGAGUACGAGGAUAGAGUGCAUAAGGUUGAGCAUGUUGCCAUUGUCAAGGGAACUAACCUAGCCUUGGAUGAAAUAAUAGAAAAGAAGAAGACGGCGGAGAAGAAGAAGAAAUCGGACGAUGAGGAAACUUUGGAUGAAAAGAUUGACAAAUUGAAGUUGGCCUAA